AUGAAAAACGAUUAUCGGGUCGAGCGUUGGAACGAAAAAUUUUCGCCUGAUUCGGCAAAACUGAAACAAAUUAUGCAGGCGGAAGGUUUUUCGGUAUUUGAAUGGACGGACAGUGCAAAUACCAUUUACGGAAAUCACGAACAUUUUGAAGAACAGUCACAUUGGAUAAUUUCGGGCGAACUGGAAAUGACGGUCGAAAACAUCGGAACUUUCGUUUUAAAAUCCGGCGACCGCGAUUUUAUGCCUGCAAAUACGGUUCAUUCGGCGCGUGUUUUGGGCGGAAAUCCGGUAACUUAUUUGAUCGGCGCAAAGCGUUAA